CACUGUUAUCAGGAACGCUUCGCAAUUUUCAAGUUCACGCUUGUGAUGGCACAGAGCUUGUGAUCAAAUGCUGGCCAAACACUGUCAUCGCCAUCAGUUUUGCUCUUUACGGAAGGACAGUUCCAUCCCACGAGCUUUGCCCUCGAGAACAGGAAAUAUCCAAAGACAUCUACUUGGAGACGAACGGAACGAAUUGCCUAGCACCUCAGGCUUUGCGGACGGUGGAAGAAAGGUGUCGACACCAGCGAAUUUGUAGAAUAAAAACAGCUCCAGAAUCUUUUGGUAAAGAUCCGUGUCCGGGUGUUCGGAAAUAUGCCGAGGUGGUAUAUAAGUGUAGACCAAGUUCUUUUAUCAACAAAAUUGUGUGCGAGCAUGAGAGACUUCAAAUUGAGUGUGAGAAAUCUCGACGAAUCGUUAUCUACUCAGCAUCGUUCGGGGGAACACAUCACGGCAUUUACGAAUGUCCACAGAAGACCGGGAAAAUUGCCCCAGAUUGCCAAGGUAGCUACACGACAGAGACUGUAAUGCAAGGCUGUCUAGGAAGACGAAGGUGUUCUAUCCUCGCUUCUGUUCAGACAUUCGGCAAACCUGGUUGUCCGGCAGGUACCCGCCAUUACCUUAAGGUUGUUUACACUUGCGUUUCUAAAGAAAUACUUCGGAAGUUGGACACUGAUGGACAAAAGAACACCGAAAUCGACAAAACAGAUUACUUUGUGGAAAAACCGAGAUUUGUAGCGCCACCUGUAGGUCAGAAUAGAACUAGAUGGAAAGGAAGCCUAGAAUAUACCAUUACUGUCGGCAAAAGCACAACAACUACAAAACACAAGACAGUUGUUGACCAGCCAGUUGUUCAAGGUGGCGAGAAUAUGGACGGAGAUGACACUACUAGUAACUGCACUGUUAUUGAAGGGGACCAAAAGGUUGUGGGCUUCCUUACCGAGUGGAUUGCGGCAUACAAGUUCUUAAAAGAAAACAAAGAAAAGUGUAUUCUUUACCUGACGCUCAGUCUCGGUGCCGGAUUGGUCGUCUUCUUCCUGGUUCUAUCUAUCCGAUUAUAUGCUCAAAAGAAAAAAGAAAGGAAGAAAGCCAACUUAAACAUCAGCGAACCCCUUCCCACGUCAUUUGACGAAUAUAUUUCUGACCUAGAACAUUUAGAUAAUACUGAUAGACCGGGUGUAGAAGCACGGCGCGAAAGUAGGUCUACAAUGAGAAGACAAGACAGUGACACAUAUCCAAGAGCUCCCAUGUCUCAGAACAUGAACAAUUAUUACUACAGUUAGUUCUUUAUGAGAAGUAGCCAUAUUUAUAUUGGACGUAUGUAUGUAACGAAUCACGUAUCUGUUACUGUAAACGAGGCUUAUUCUACUCCGUAUAACGACUUUAAAACCAACUAUUUUAGUGUCGGGCAGCAACCAUAUAGGACCAGCGUGUUCGGUGACAGAGAUUCGAACUUGUGACCCUCGGAAUGCGAGUCGAGCUCCUCUAACCACCAGGCCAUACCAGGUCCCCUCUGUAAACGAGGCUGUAUAUUUAUAUUGUUUAAUCCCAGGCCCUGAUUACCAAAACUCGUGAUAUUUUCUAUUGUCAUUAGGGCGACUAAUGGAGUCUUGCCAAUGUGUGAAAUCUCCCUUUUAAGGAUGUCAGUGCAACAUCAAUAUUGAUUUGUAUAACAAAAAUAUUCCUUUAUAAUUAAAGUCGAAAUAAAUGAACUGAUAGCAUUUACUUUCUGGUGUGACAUAACUGCAUAUGCUUCUGUGAUGAUUUGUAAAAUUUCUGCAGGUGUUGAUACUGACUGGAGACAAAAAAGAAACCAGGCCACAACACAGAUUUUUGAUGUUUGUUUCAGAGUUACAGAGAAGUGAUUCAAAGCUUCGGUCUUGCUCAGGGUUACAGAGGGUUCAUUCAAAGCUUUGGACUUGUUCAUGGUUACAGGGGGUUCAUUCAAAGCUUUGGACUUGCUCAGAAUUACAGAGAAAUGACCCAAAGGUUUGGUUACAAAGAGGUGAUUCAAUACUUUGUUACAGAGUGGUUAAUCAAAGCUUUUGCCUUACUCUAGGUUACAGAGUAGUCAUCCACAGCUAUGUUUACAAGAGCGGUGAUUCAAUACUUUAGCCUUUAGGGUUACUGAGAAGUAGCCCAUAACUCUGGUUACGGAGAGGUGGUUCAAAGUUUCAAUCGGAGUUACAGAGAAACAGCUCGAAACUUUGUCCUUGUUAAGGAUUCCAGUGAAGUGUCUGAAAGCAAGAGAAGUCAAGCCUUUAAUUUACUUGUUUUACCAAAUGAAGUUUAGGGUCGAUUCUAAAGAAGCACCGAUACUUGCUUUGACCAAUCACCGUACAACAUUUGGUAAAUGAAUCAAUCAGAAGAACAUCACACUGACGUAAAAUGGUAAAUCUUCGGGGUAUAAAUUUCUUGCUUUUAUAAUAUCAACAUGUGUGUGUGUGUGUGUGUUUGUGACGACAGGGUCCACCAUCUUGUCUUUUAUUAUUAUCACUAUUAUUAUUAUCGAAUCUACUUUUGAUUCUGUACUUUAAAAAUUUCAUCUCUCCAACAAACAUGUAGAUUAUUAAAUCUAAUGUGUUUCAAGCUGAUUUUUGGUUACCAAGUAUAAUACUGUUAGGAACAAUAGUUCCACUUUUCCAAGCUGCAAAGCAUGGUUAUAAUUAAUCAUACUUGUCAUAAGACAUUACCGCUAGGCCUAUUAUAUUUUUGAACUUUGCAUUCUUUACGUAGCCCCUUAGAAAUUUUCAAGAAUUAGACUAUAAUAACAGCAUUCCAACCACACUAUGUUUGUAUAUCCAUUGUCGAUGACACUUUUCGCUCAACCCAGAGCUCAUCAGACACAACAAACACAAUAAUGGUAGGAACACUGUUUUAGAGUAACAUUUUUUAUGGUGUGAACACAUUUUCCAAGCAUGAUUAUAGACUCUUCUAAUUCUUGAAAAUCCCUGAAAUGUUAGAUAAAAGUUAAAGAAUAUAAUAUACACAGUUGUUCAAACUUCUACCAGAUGGCGUUGAGCAGAAACAUGUUUACCCGACCAGAGUACUGAUAUUCACAGGUAGGUAUAUAUGAAAUAUAAAAUUAGCUAAAAACUAUGAUAGAUCUCCAUUAAAAAGUAGGUAUGCGUAAAUAUCUACAAGACAUAGAUGAUCAUCUAAUUGUAUUUAAAACGCAUUAAUUUAAUUACAAAACAAUUAUACUUGGAAUAAUUGUACACUAAUGAAACGUCUGAUCAGGCGAUAUGCCCUUGAGUCAAUUAGACUUCCCUAAGUACGAGCCAAACGCCUUGCUGUUCUAGAACUAAGUGGAUGAUUUUUAAGCGAUAUAAAUAUAAUGCAUUCAAAUAUACCUUGUAUAACAUCAUUAUAUGCAUCCUCCGAGUUUAUGAUGUAGAAAGCAUAGCGUCAUAUACAUACAUAUCAGUUUGACGUAUCUCUCACUUUUUCAACUUUAUUAGAAGCACGAUUUGUAGUUCAAAAUGAAAACUAGCUUAGUCUAUAUCCACAAAUAAUGGCUUUUAUAACUCUUGAAGAUAUUAGUGGUGUGAUUUUAAUUCGGCUUGUAUCUUUAGCUUUACAAGGCCUAUUAUAUGAGCUAAGCCUAACGUAUUCAGGCAAUUAAGCCUAUUCUAAAAAAAGGAGAUUACUAUAACUAAUAUCAAUUAACAUUUAGUAGUCUUUAAGCCAAGUCCGUUUUCAGAAUCUUAUUUCUUUCCGGUAAGCAAUAAAAUUAAAUUUAGAAAACAUUUUAUAAAUCAUUAACAAGUACUCUAUUUUAAACAUAUUUCUCUUGGCUCGUUACGUAUAUAGAUCUGAUGCAUAUAUAUAUAUACUUACUUACAUUUAACAACCUCUGCAAGCAAUUCUUAAAUAAAAGAAUUCUGCUUUUAAGCAAAAAAGAAUGUGGAAAUUAGUCCACUUUCAAAACAUAUCAGAAAUCGAGAUUUUCUUCGGGUACUUGUUUUUUCCUCACAGAAGAAAAGACAAGUAUUUGUUAUUAGUGUUAGAUUAACUUUUCCAAAAUUAUCCGUCAACAAUCAUAUCAUCUUUUAACUGUUUGUGCCGUCUUAAAAUUUUAAACGAACAUAUAGCAAAAUGAUAUCAGCGAAUGUAUGUUUGGAUAUAUAUACAAGUUUUAUUAAAAAUAACUCUUUCGGAAUGAAAAAAUUAGUACUGAAUGAGAUAAAAUAUGAAGGCGCAAAAGCUAGAGAGAUAUUUAGUGUAUGACAAGCUUUAUCGGGAAUUAUUGCUGUCAUUAAUGUUCUUUGUUCGUGAUAGUUUUAAAUAAUAAAAUACAAUAAUGACGACUUUUAUCCAUACUUUCCUUAAGUUAAGCCUGAUUCAAAAUUUUAAGUAGUUGGGUCUUUUAGCGCAAUGGUCAACACUGGGCUAUCUCAGUUCUGUCCACCGCGGGGAAUCGGAUUCCAGAUUUUACAAGUCCGCAGACUUACCGCUAAGCCACUAGGGGGCAAAUUUUUAUGAAAGAAAAAUAGCUUAUAGACACGCACGUAAACUUCUAACUGUAUUAAUGCAUAUCAAAAAUAAAGGUAAUUAUUUGAUUAUUUAUACAGAAGGUGAAGCUGGAAAAUAAAUUGACACGAGUGUCUGUGAAUAUCUGAAUGCCACCAGAGGUCAUCAAGUAACUUACAAAAUAUAAUUAUAUAAUGUUUUUGUUUUGUAAACAUUUAAACUGUUUAUGAAUCAGUUUUUUGUUCUUUUUUUUAUAAUUUCGAUGGUUUUUAAUUU